AACUCUCGCUCCAUGAGCUCCCUCAAAGAACAAAAGGAACAGUUCGUGUCCGACUUGCUAGGCGGCUCUGUUCUGGAAAUCUACGCCGUCACCGGUGUGGCUCUAACCUCAUACUUGGCAUUCAGAAUCUACGACGUCCUAGUCAGCCAUGAGGUCUCGUUUCUCUACGACUUCAUCCUCAAUUGCCUACCCAUCUUGGUACUGAUCACCUUAUACAGCGACAAAGUCACCACGUUGCAUUUGGCCAUAAUUGUGCCGAUUUUGCUGAUUUUCGUCUUUUCCAAAUACACCUUUCCUGAUUUAUGGAAAUCAAAUGGUGAAAGGACUAGCCAGAAUGAAAACAAACAGCUGAAAUCUGCUGAAAAACAACUUCUACCCAAAAAGUCAUUCAUCACAGCAUACAGAGCCCACAUGCUCAUAAUAACCAACUUGGCUAUCUUGGCCGUGGACUUCAAUGUCUUUCCUAGAAGAUUUGCUAAGGUCGAAACCUGGGGUACUUCCCUUAUGGACUUGGGAGUAGGCUCGUUUGUGUUCUCAAUGGGGUUGGUCAAUUCCCGAGCCAUUAUCAAGAAUAAGUUUAACCGCGGAUCCAGUGAUAGUGGCUAUAAAUUCAGCGUCGUGGAUUACUUCUCAGUUGUGAAAAGGAGCAUCGUGAAAUCAGUGCCUUUGCUAGUUUUGGGUGGUGCCAGACUCGUCAGUGUCAAAAGCUUGGAGUACCAAGAACAUGUCUCUGAGUAUGGAAUUCACUGGAAUUUCUUUAUCACCUUGGGCUUGUUGCCGGUUUUGCUCGGAGUAUUGGACCCUGUGUUGAAUGUAGUGCCGAGAGCUGUUGUAGCCCUUGUUAUCACCAUAGGAUACGAGAUUGUAUUGGUCAACACAGAAUUGUUGAGAUUCAUCUUAGUUAGCGACAACAGACUUCAAAACUUGAUCACCAUGAAUAAGGAAGGCAUUUUCUCCUUCUUCGGCUAUUUUGCUAUAUUCGUGUUUGGCCAGUCCUUCGGAUCAUUUGUUUUGACUAACUAUAAGACACCCUACAACAUGCUUACUUUUGUUCCUCAGAAGGAAACUUCUGGCAAGAAAAAGAAGAAGCAUUCCCAAAUAAAAUCGUGGCUCACGGUUAACACCACGAAUGGUUUGAUCAUCGCCAGCAUCUUCUACCAGUUGCUCUUUUACUUUGUACGGGAAUCGGGCUACAUCUUGAACGUAUCCCGUAGAUUGGCCAACUUGCCCUAUGUCUUGUGGGUUGUGUCAUAUAAUGCAACGUUGUUGUUGGGAUACAACUUAAUCGAGAAGUUCUUCCCUGAGAGCCAUGAGUCGUAUUUGUUGGAAUCUACCAACAGCAAUGGACUCUUGAUCUUUUUGAUAGCGAACGUUUCUACGGGUUUGGUUAAUAUGACCAUCAACACUUUGGAAUGCUCUGAUCCAGUCGCUUUUGCCAUUUUGACAGUGUAUGCUGCUGGAUUGUGUUUAUUGUCCAACUUAUUGAACAAUAAGGGUAUCUAUGUAAAGCUUUAGAUAGACUAAAAGUAUAUGAUUUUUGAGAUUU